CAAAAGACAAGACACUUCCGAGAGAAGUAAGUUUUUGUCAUUUCAACGAUGAACCACUACUGUUUGAGAGUCAUGGAUUCCAAAUCGUGGCCAACUUUAAGCACUGUUCAGUGCCGGGCCUCCAGUAGACACCUGGGACGCCCCACUGACCCCAUGAUUUACGCAGUGGAAGAAUGCAGAUCAGAAGGAAGCAAGAAGACCUUCAAGAAAAACUCUGAGGAGAGUCUUGAAAGAGCCAGCAAGAGGAGCAGGACGAGUCAUAGUCCCUCCGAGGGCUGCAGUCAGAUAUUCAGUUGGCCUUCAUCAAGUGACGACGCUGCCAGUUCUUCCUCAGCGUACACUUCCCCAAUUGACAGCACAGCUGAUUGUCACACUGGCUCAGGAGAAACCCCAAGCAUCUCUGGAUCCAGCAAUGGAGCUGUGUUGGGUACUGGGAAGAUAAAGACCAGCAUCCACAGGAAGUCCACUUCUGAUGAGAGUGAAGAGGGGCCAAGGAAGAGAAAAGAGAACCCCAGUUCUGCUGAGGACUGCACUCAGACCUUCAGUUCCUCUUUCUCCACUGAGAGCAAAAAGAGGAAGUCUGAGAAGACAGAGGGACCCAGGAAGAGGAGUAGAAAGACCCCCAGACACCAGGCCACCACUGAGGCCUCCUCCAGUGACAAACCUGGCACCUCCUCAUCAGCAAACAAUGCCCCACCUGACAGCAGAGCUGCCUUUGAGGCCAAGUAUGAGGAGGAGGAACUGCUGGGUGAAGGAGGCUUCGGGUCAGUCUUCGCUGGCCACCGCAAAGACGACAAUCUGCCUGUGGCCAUAAAACAUAUCCCCCAGUUUGACAUUACACGCACAUCAGUGUUUCUGGAUGGGAAAAUUAGCAUGAUCCCUCUGGAGGUGGCACUGCUGCUGAAAGUCAAACCAGCAGCAGCAGGGAGCAGUGCAGCCAUAACCCUGCUGGACUGGUAUGAUCUGGACUAUGAGCUGAUUCUCAUCCUAGAGAGACCAGUCCCCUGCUUGGACCUGAUAGAGUAUAUGAACUAUAGAGGGUCCACCUUGCAGGAGCACGAGGCUAAAACCAUAGCAAAACAGCUGGUUGAUGCUCUCAUAGAGGUCCACUCCAGGGGUGUAUUCCAUGGGGACAUCAAGCUGGACAACAUUCUCAUUGAAACCGAUUCUGAUGUCCCACGUAUCAGGCUUAUUGACUUUGGCUGUGGCACAUUUCUGUCAGAGGGGAUAUACACUACAAAACAAGCAACCUAUAUGUACACCACCCCUGAGUGGUUCCUGGAUGGGUGGUACAGGGCCGAACCAACUACGGUAUGGCAACUCGGUGUAGUGCUGUUUGCAAUACUGCAUGGAUAUCUCCCCUUCAGCAACAGCACUGAGAUCGUCUAUGGAAACCCUGACAUUAGUAACAGGCUUUCCUUCGUUAACGUGAAUUACGGAUGCACCUUGCUAACCAAGCUAGCUAGCUCCACCCUCUCAUCCAAAUAUGGCCACUUCUGGCUCCAACAAACCAAGAUGGCGACAGCCAAAAUGCCAAACACAAGGCUUCAAAAAGACUGCCAGGGUUUUCUCUUGAGCUGUCUGAUUAAGGGCCCAGAGGCCCGACCCACCCUGGAGACACUUAAGCAACUCCCCUGGCUGAUAUGAUACAGACUGGAACACUCAGGACCACAGAUGGACCUUCAGCUCCCCUUCGUCCAGGAUCAGAUCAAUGCUCUUGUAUUUCCCAUGUGUGGCUCCCAUUGCAUCCUCUUUGAAGCAGUAAGAAGUGAGACUGAGGCCAGUGGCCACAAUGUCUAUGUUGAAGCCGGCAGCUAAUCUAGAUGAGUUGCUGCCUUCAACAUGGACUCAGCCACUGUCAUUGUGUCAGUCUUCAUCUUUGACACAGCUACUGCUUCAAACACCCAGCUGUCCGUACAGAGGGGAUCUCUCUUUGAAUUGCCUCUCCCGAGGUUUCUCCUCACCUUCUUAGAGAGCUUGGGCUGGGUUGGAAGCUUAAUGAAAGGGGCCUGAGCUAUUCUACAUAUAGGGCUAAUCAAUAAAUCAAUCAAAUAUAUAAUAAUCUCCCUCCAUAAAAACUUGACACAAUAAUAAUUUAUUUGUACUAUUACAUCUUAAUGUUUUAAGGAGGGGCUGCUGUAUUGGAUUGCAUUAGAUUCUACAGGUGUUCAUCAUAUGGUAUCUGUAAGUAGCAGUUAGGCUCAGCAGGACACUAGCUAGCUCCCACAUUCAGUGUUGGUUGUGCAGUGAUGUAGUGGCCACAUUUGGAACUACAGGUCAUGUGAUACAGAAAGACUAUUUGCCAGUCACUUGUCUUUACCAAAGUAAGUGCUGGAAAAAGAUUAAGAAGCUCUAAGCAACAGCCACAAAUAAUGAUAAAAAACGUGUUAAUCAGAGUUGCUAAAAUGACAAAGGAGGACUGACUUUCAGUACAGUGUACCAUAGGGAAGAGUUCAGCAUGUAGUGGCCCGAAGUCAUUUGGUGUUGCAAUGAAUUCUGAAACUUUGCCUUACUGGGAUACAUCAAAACUUUUAGCACAUUAAAAUGACAAGAAUGUACCAUCAAAUAAUCAUUGUAAUGUAAAUAGCAAAUUAAGGCUGUUUAAUAAAUUUAUCAGAUGAGUAACACAGCUUAAAAAUUCAAGUUUCAAGGGUUUAUUUGUCACAUGCUCAUACAAUAUGUGUGGCGAAAUGCACAGUGGCAUACUCUUGAGACUGUGCCUUAAAGUCUAGUUACUGUAAUGUAGUAAUAAUAAUAAUAAUAAGAAGAAGAGUAAAAAUGAGAAUUAAAAAAAUAAAUGUAAAGGAUAAAAAUUCCAAGAUAAAAAGCACAUCAUAGUUGUAAGGAAAAGAAUACAAUCAUAUUUUGUACACUCAAGUGUAAAUAUGCAAGUGCACAGGGCAGUGCAAAGGAUUCAUAGAGAACAAUGUGUUAAACAAGGCCGAGGAUAUACAGUCAGAGGUCAUCCUAAAUUCCUCACUGUCCUUUCAUCAGAAGAGACAUGUCUCACAGAUAAUGACAAGAUCAUUUUCUAACAGCAACAAUUUUGUUAACACUAGAACCACCAACAGGUAAAAUUAACCCAUGGCUGUUUUUUGAUUGUAUGUAACUAUGUUUCAAUACAAUAUUCAAGUCCCCCAGUCUUUAACUUGUCCUAAAAGUGUGUCAUGUAACACGCCCUAUUGUUAAAAAAAAAAAGUUAAGAUAAAGCCAGAUAAUUUUUUUAAAAAUGGGCAUUUUCAUUGGGUAAAAAUUUAUUUUGAAUUUUGGAAUUGAUAUGAAUUAUUUCUUUUCAGUAAAGUUCUUUUUUUGUCAGUUCUUCACAUGUAGCUGGCAUUACAUUUUUUUCCUGGAACUCCUAUCAGAGCAACACCUCCUUAAGCUCAAACCUGCAAGUUUGCAGCUUCUUCACAAUUAGCUGGAUCAUGACCAGUGUUCAUGUCAUCAACAAAGUAACCUUUGAAAAUGAGAACUAUGGUGAAAUGAAUAAAAAAAUAAAUCAGUAGUAAAUACUUUAGUAGAAUUUUGAGUUCAAGACUUCUUGAGUUGUAUUCAGGCCUGAAUUGAUUAACUGUUAACCAAUAUAUUAAAAUAAUUUAGCUCCAAAUUUUUAUCUUCUUUAAGUUUGUAUUCAACAUAAUACCUUAUUAUGUCAAUGAAAUGUACUGAAACAAAUGUAUAUGAGACACGAAAAGGCAAUUCAUUUAUGUAUUUCUUUUAGCCGGUGGAUUUUUGAUGUUUGCUAAAGGAAUAUUACUAUGUUACCUUUGUUUUAGCUGCUCAUACAGUAUCAAGCUAAACCCAGACACUGUUGUAGUGAACAAUUUAAAAUAUUUUUACUAACUGCAGGUGCCAAAAUUAACAAUGAUCAUGACUCACUUUUCAAGUUGAACCUGAAACAUUAAGUCAUGUUCAGAUAUAAAAUUAUUCUUAUUAUGGACAUUAAUAGAAAAAUGUGAUAUAAUUCUGACAAAUCAUCAAGGUCUAUUGAUGUAAUUAUCACAAUUUCAUUUAUACAAUGAAAUCAGCAAACUAUAAAAAACACAAAACAAUACAAAUUAGUUUGAUAUAUUCAACUACGUGUUUCUAAAUGUUAACAUUAAUGCAGUGAUUCUCAAACAUUUUCUUUUGGGACCCCUUUUGUGGAAAAUGAUAGUUGGGGGUAGGCUAGUCACAAUAACUACUUUUGUUGGACGAUAUAUUGCCCCACAAAUAAUUGCAACAUAUGAAAUUAUUGUCAUUUUAAGACUAUUUUCUGCCACUGAUAUAAUGAUAAGCAUAAUAAUGCAAGUACACCCUUUAAAUUAACUUAAAAUUCUUAAGAAUAUUCAGACAUUGGAAAAAAAAAAAUUAAAACAUCCUAAAUAAAAACAAAUAAAAAUCAAACAACUAAAACAAUAUAUAAAAUUGACUCUUGGACUCUGUUAACAAAAAUUGCACUUUGUACAAAUACAUAUUACACAACUAAAUACACAUUUGGCACAGGGGUAGGCUAUAGAGUCAUUCAUUCCUUAACAGGCAAUAUAGUAAUGGCAGGGAAAACCAUGCUGUUUAUUCUGGCAUCAUGUUGGCCACAAUGUUGGUGACAUUUUUAUUUAUAAAAAAAAAAAAAAAAAAACACAUCACAAUGGGCAAUAUCGAGGUCAGCAAAAAUGGUUGAGGUCAUGUCAAUAUACAAUAAAUUGACAUUAUGACAGGUGAUAAUUACAUAUUGUAUAUAUCGUACGUCGAUAACGUAAUUGUGACAGGCUUAGUUGGGGGAUACAGGUAGACCUGUGGCUGCCUAACUAAACCCUGAUAUGGAAGAGCAGAAUCGUGACUCUGACAAAAUCAUAAUUGUAUUGGUAAAAAUUAAACAUGACCAUUAAAAAUCUACACUUAAGGUAUAUUGAUUUUUGUCUACCAACUGCAAAAACUCUACUACUAUACAGUAGAACAGAAGCACAUUGCAUUCACAAGAAAAUAAAUUAGAGAACUUCUCAUAAUCAUGAGCUCCCUAUUUCAUAAUUAUGACAGAAUACCUCUUAUAAUAACUCAUAAUUUAAGUUGUGAUAAUGCAUAUUGUCAACAAGGCAAAAGUAGAACUAUAUAUACUUUAUUGCCUCUUAGGUAUUGAGGAAUAGUCUUUACAAAAGAGUCCAUAAAAAUAAAACACCACCUAGUGUAGCGUUUCUCAACGGAGGCGCGUACUAUAAAAUCAUAAUAAAUAUAACUAAACAAUUUUCUAACACAAUAUUCUAAAACCAGAUACCUGACAAGCUGAGUCACAACAACACCAUCAGUCGGCCUGAUUCCAGCUGAGACUGGGGAGUUUACACCUCUUACCAUCUUUACACUUUUCUCUGCAGCGUUCUAAAACGGUUUCGUCUAGUUUAACUUUAAAGUCUUCAUUAAAGAAGUAGUGUGUAGGAUUUGGUGGCAUCUAGCGGUGAAAUUGCAGAUUGCAACCAUUUGAAUACUGCUUGCUUCACCUUCCCCUUCCAAGCGUGUAGGCGAAACUACGGUGGCUGCGAAACUCGCGAAAAACGUGAAAGUCUGCUAAAUAAAUUCUGCCCUAUUUAAAAGUGGGAUAUUCGAUUCUAAUCCAAUACACGUCUUUUUGUCAAAUUCAGUGACUAUCUCC